GCUUGCAAGUUGCGGGCGCCAAUAUACGCAUCAAGCUGCAGUUAUAGACAUCAGGCUUGCAGCUGUGCCAAAGUCGAUUAAGAGGCACAAGCUUUUAGCAGGAAUAGUUGCGGCAGUUUCCCGGAGUAUGGCACAGAUAUUGCAGCUUCCCGUCCACGCUUAGACAAUGGAGGACUAUGGCACUACGGCAACGGUAAUUCGGGUAGCGGUGAUGUGGGGACUCGUCGCACUGGACCAAGUCACGGCAUCGGUCGCCGUAAUGAAAGUUGCUGUAAGCGAAGGGCAGUGUCUCUCCUCCUAUGGAAAGCUUGCAGCGGACCAGAGCCUUACUCCUCCGGGUGACUGUGCUCGUGUCACCUGCGACGCUGAGAACGAAAUGCUGCACAUAGAAAGGUGCAUCGCUUCCAACGAGCAAAGACCACACAGUGGACUUGCCAGUGAAGCAGCAGGCAGCGCCACAUCUUUUCCUGCAUGCUGUUCGCAGAGGCUACUCUGAAAGGAGAAGCACGACGAUGAGAGAAAGUUCCCUUCCUAAGUGCCAAGCACCGGCUGAGAGAGCGCCAAGACGAACCGAGGAAAUAAUAAAGGAACGUUACUAAAA